AUGGCUGUGAUAUGGGGUCUCGAUCUCAAGGAUAUGCAAUGGGGGAAAUUCAAGAGCUCCUAUAUGUUCGGUAACAAGGAUUACCAUCUACGACGGACGAAGUUCGUCGUCUACCAGAUCGCUAUGAUCUUUUGCGUUGUUUCUGAAUCUGUCGGUACUGCAGCUCUAUCAGACUACGUCGAGCAACAAUCACGGAUAGAAAAGCUACACUCAUCAGCAGCCGUCCAUAAUGACGACUUCGUCGGCAUUGCCUCCUACAACAUAUUUGUGGGUAUUGCCGUGGCUACCAUCUUCGGAGCCGCCUUCUUCUUCGACCUCUUCUUCCCAGAGCGAUACGAACCUCGCAAUAUCCGGUGGGCAUGGAGAAUCAGUGCCCUUGUGAUCACGCUGAUGACAUUCGCCGAUGCAUUGGCAUUGACAGUCAUCGUGGCUACUGGCAACGCCUGGAUCUCUGCGAGCUCGGAGGAUGCCGAAGAGAUUGCGCGGGAGAAGAUCAACCCUCCUCUGAGAUACCGUGACAAUGGCCGGGCGAUUGCAAGCGUUGUAUUUUUAUGGGUUGGACUCUGCGGGACCAUUGCUAGCUGUAUUAUUCUCUGGCUAUACUACCAGCACCUCGACACCUAUGGUCCAAAAUCCCAUACUGCUCGGAUGCGAGAUGAUGUCGACAAGAGCAUUCUCAAAACCGAGCGAGUCACCUCGGACAUGACCACCAGAGACCAAGCGUCCAAAUACCAGGCCUAG